UCUUGGUCAAUAUUUUUUGGAUGAAGUAAAAAAACCAGUAAUGCAAGAAAUCAGCGAUGAAAAACGUUAUGUAUUAUGUCCUGCAACAAAUCUACCUAUGCCUAAUAAUACUGUUUAUGAAUAUUAUACAGAUAGUGGGGUAUCUGUUUAUGAAAUUGAUCUUACUAAUAAAUCAUUGACGGAAGCAAAAGAUAGUUUAUUUAAAAACCAUUUCAAGAUUGACAGUAUAGACGACGAUGGUGGUGAUGGUGAAGAUGGUGAAGAGGAUGAAUCAUUUAAUCAACAUUUAUUUGACCUAUGUGUGGUAUUUAUACCACCAGAUUUAGCUCGCUUUCCUUCUUUUCUUAUUAAAACAAUGCAAGAACUACAAAAAUUUGUAACCUUAUUACCUAUAAUUAGUUUGUAUGGUCAAGAGUUAAUAUUUAAUCAUGAGAAGGAUCAAAAACGUAAAGAUAUAUUAAGACAUUUAGAAAACAAUAAAAUAGAAAUGUUUGUAUGGAGAGCUGAUAAUAUGGCUGAGGAUUUAGACAAGAAAGGAAAACCAACUGGAAAAUUUAUUGAAACAAAUUAUUCAAACAAACUAUUAACAAUUGAUGAUUUCUCAAUGUUAAGUUCAGAAAAAGUUUACCACGAUAUGCAAAUAUUAAGAGCUC